AUGAAACGCCGCCUGAUGGACCACAGCGGACAACAGUCACUGACAGAUGGGGCCACCCUCACCUUGGCCAGCCCAGGGUCCACGGAGGAGAGUGUGGAAGUGUGCUGGCUGACUCAAAAACAGCUGGAGAUUGAGCCAGAACAUGUCCAUCACCCCGAGAGCUCCCUGUGCCCCUUCGUGGUCCGCUCUCUGCUGCCCAGCCGCCGCAGCCCGGCCUGUCCUCCUCCUGUAGCUUUACCUUCUGUAGAAGCAUCUCCACGGAACCGACCAGGAUACCUCUUCAGCCUCCAGGGCCCGGGUUCUGAGCUGGUGCAGCUCCUCGUCCUCCCAGUCCUGCCCCCAGCAUCAGGCUUACUCCUCCUGCUUGUGAGGUGCUACGACUCGGCCCAGCGAGUGGGAGCGCCCUAUACCCACGUGCGCCCCGUGCAAAGUGUGGCCUGGGGGACCAAGGCGCUUCGAGCCUGUCAGCGGGAGCCCCGCGUUCAGGAAGCCAAGUUCAUCAAGGGGCAGCAGUGCCGGUCCUCCUUCGAGAUGGCUCCCAGCCCCAACCCACGGGGGCCAGGGAGCAGCAAGAACAGCCGUCCCGAGAGUGGGCGCAGCGCGGCACUGCUGGGGCCUUGGAGAGCAGCCCCGGGUGCCCGGUACCCUGACUGGCUGGUCCCCACCACCCGCAUCCACCAGGGCUUCAGCCGCCAGGUUUUCUUUGAGAAGAUGCUGGAGAGAAGGCGGUGCCGGGCCAAGAGCAGGAGGAAGAGCAGAGCCCUUGGGACAGCAGAGCCCCAGGCCCAUGCAGGGCGCAUCCGUGGCAGCGGCAGGAGCAAUCAUGCUGCCUUAGUGACAGAUCAGAGUUACGUGUGA